AGAAACUAUGAUAACCAAUGGAGCAAGUAAGAGUAAUCUCUUGAGUUUCUUAUGAGGAUCUUCGACACAUACUUGGCAGCCGGUCAUGGCGGCCGAUACGGCCACUGUAAGUUACUGGUUGAACUGGAGAUGCUCACUUUGUGCAUUGUUCAUCUUCACCACUAUGGUUGUGUCAGCAGUUCUAAUCUGGAAAUUUGAAGGUAGGAAAAGAUCAGAAGAUGGAGAUAAUAGUAAAGAAGCUCCCGGGAUUUUAUAUGAGGAUGAAGCUUGGAAUACAUGUCUUAGAAGCAUUCACCCUGCUUGGCUACUUGGUUUUAGAAUGACUGCUUUCUUCAUGCUCCUGGCCUUGCUUCUUGCCAAUGUCGCUGUCGAUGGAACCGGCAUAAUUUACUUUUAUACUCAGUGGACAUUUACUUUGGUCACAAUAUACUUUGGGUUUGGAUCUGCAAUCUCCAUUUAUGGAUGUCAAAAGCAUUGUGGAAAUGUCGGUGGCGAUAGGACUGAUCAUAUAAGUUCAGAUUUUGAAGGCACCUACAUGCCACCCAUCGUUGGAGAAACUGCAAAUCUGUCCAACCGGUCCAAACAUUUUGAUACGUACCGAUCACCUUAUUAUCCUCCCAGAGCAAGUACAUGGACUUAUGCCUUUCAAAUCAUGUAUCAGAUAUGUCGUCCUCAUUGGCUUUGUUAUAUUUCAUGUAUUCUGUAG